GGUUUCCCCAUUGCGGACGCGUGCUCGUGUGCGCGCUCACGCCGGCUAUUGUGUUGUGUUUUUAUCAACAAGGAGACCGCCGUGGCCUUUCGAGAAACUGAGCCGGCCAGCUGGACGACAAGGGGCUUCAGAACCAUGGCGGACGAACAAGAAAUCAUGUGCAAACUGGAGAACAUCCUGGAGAUACGGAAUAAGACAGUCCAGAUGCAGAAGAUCAAGUCUCGUCUGAAGAUUGAGUUUGAGGCUCUUGAGUCUGAGGAGAAACAUCUGAAGGAGUACAAACAGGAGAUGGAUCUCCUUCUACAGGAGAAAAUGGCACAUGUGGAGGAGCUGCGGCUCAUUCAUGCCGACAUCAAUGUGAUGGAGAGCACCAUCAAGCAGUCAGAGAAUGAUCUGAAUAAACUGCUGGAAACCACUCGCCGCCUGCACGAUGAGUACAAACCACUGAAGGAGCACGUUGAUGCCCUCAGGAUGACCUUAGGUCUACACAGACUUCCCAACUUGAAUGAAGAAGAGGAGAAGCUCUCCCUGGACUACUUCGAGAAGCAGAAGGCGGAGUGGCAGAAGGAGCCGCACGAGCCCGCCAUCCCAGAAUCCCUUGCGGCCGCUGCUGCAGCCGCCCAGCAGCUUCAGGUGUCCAGGAAACAAGAUGCCCGCCAGACGGCCACUUUCAGACAGCAGCCGCCGCCGAUGAAGGCUUGCCUGUCCUGCCACCAGCAGAUUCAUCGCAAUGCUCCCAUUUGCCCGUUAUGCAAGGCCAAGAGCCGCUCCCGCAACCCAAAGAAGCCCAAGAGGAAGCCGGAUGAGUAGAUCCUGCUCACACCUUCACCUUCAGUAGGGUUAAAAAGGCCACUCUUCCAGUACAUUAAUCUGAGAUCCGCCAUGACGUACAUCUCUCUGCAUUCCCACGAAGUCCCCGCUUUAACGAACGGUCUUAGUAAUUUAUCCAUAACUUGAAAGAAAAAAAAGAGUAGAUUGAGGACCUGGUGAUGUCAUUUAGUUGUUUGUGUUUACCAGUGUUUUGGAUGUGUUUAUAUGUAAUCGUAUGACUUCCAUCGUAGUUUACUUAGCCCCUAAACCAUGUAGCUGCAAUAAUGCAAAAAAGGAACUCGGCCAAAUAAUGUUGCCCCUCUUCUUAUCGUUAACUGCCUUAGAUAUUUUACUGUAUUUUCUCAUCUUUUUGCAAUGCAUGCCACGGCUGUCUGUUGUGUAUUUCUUUUUGUGCCAAUAUAAAAUCUAAUAGGUUUAAUUGCGAUGUUGAAUACAACACAAUGUUGUUUUAAUGUUUACAGUGUUCAAGUGACCACCAAAACUGAAAAACAGAGGCCAGACUCAUUCGCUUUGAACAGUGCUGUGUGUUUAACUUUAAUACAGUGUUAUGAAAAUAAACUGCUGUUUUGUACUAAC